AUGGCAUCCGACUUCGUCGGCUACACCAUCUUGGUCACGCUACAGAAUCCUCCGCACGCUCAGAUCCAGGGCGUCGUGGCCAAUGUCGUCAAUCAAAAGCUGUUCCUGCAGAAUGUACUUCUAUGGAAUGGCCAGCGACUCCCCUCGUACGCCAUCGACUCCUCCGCUAUUGCAGAUCUUGAAGUGUCGCCUUCACAACCGCCCGCCGUCGAAGAGGAGGAAUUGUCUACACCGGUCGCCGCUGCGCCUGAGCCCCAGAAGACCGCAUUUCCACCGGUCCUUCAACAGCAGCAAAAUGCGCCCGCCUUUGUCGACCCCGCCAUCAUCAGCUACACAAAACCACCUAACAAACUUGCACCAACGUCGGCCAUCGUCCAGCAGCCGCAUCCAGUGUCUCCAAUCAUGAUCGCCGAUGGGAUUGUGAGCAGCCCGUCAACGCGCUGGCCACACAAUGGCAAUGCGGGCAAUAGCUCUUUGUCGAGUAUCGCUACGGCUGUUCCCAGAAAGACGGAGAAGAGGAAUACACCUGCCAGUGCCACUCUGACGGAGCCGUUUGAUGCGUUAAAUCUGGGGAGCAAUGUUGCUGCCGCCAAAUCCGCGCCAGUGGCACCCAGCGAAAAGAAGGCUACUCAAUUUGUACCGUCGCAAACAGCGCCGGGCAUCAUCGACAUGAAGGAUUUUAAUCAUGGUCCGCUCAAGGGGCAGAAGAAGACGGGAAAGGGCAAAGGCUGGCGCCAGACUCCCUUUAUCGAAGAGGUACCUCGACAACCUAAAAAGAAGCCACAGAGGGGUCGGAAAGCCGCGGAGGAGGUCAAUGGCUGGGCUACAGAAGAUGCUACUGACAUCCAGGAUAUGGGCGACUUUGAUUUUGAGUCAAAUCUAUCCAAAUUUGACAAGCGUCGGGUCUUUGAUGACAUCCGGCAAGCCGAUACCACCGCUGACGCUGACCGGCUCGUGAGCUUCAACCGCAGAGCUCGACCUGGGACUAAUGGAGGCCGAAACCUGCAUUUCUCCGAAAACGUUUUGGACACGCCAGACGGGAAGGACAAAGAUCGAUGGAAGAGUGAAGCCGGAGAAACCGAGGAAGAGUCGAUUGGAGGAGAAGGCCAUUACAGCAGCGGGCGAGGAUCCAAGAGAGCCGGCUCCCGAAAGCCCCUCGGGUCGAGAAAAGGCAGUGUCAUACCUCCACACCUUGACCGAACAGAAUCACCCCGUCCUUUAACUCGAAUGCAAACCUCAUCGCCUCUCAAUGGAUCGGUGUCCGGCAAUCGUGGUACCUUCAAACUCCUCAACAACAAGCCCUGUCACUGUCUCUCACCGCUGCAGAUGCUUGAGAUAGAGCAGCUCUGCACUUCGGAGCUUGGCCUCACCGAAGACAUGCUUUCGGAGAAUGCUGGACGGAGUCUAGCCAUGGCGGUGCUCAAGAUCCCCGAGGUCAGAAGUGUGGUGUUCUUAGUGGGCAAUCACAAGUCUGGUGCUAGAGCCAUCGCUGCAGCCAGGCAUUUGCGAAAUCGAAGGCUUCGCGUGACCAUUGUCAUCCUUGGUGGUGAGCGUGAAGAACUUCUUCUGGAGGUUAUGAGGAAACAGCUCAGCAUCUACCAGAAGGGACAAGGUUACGUGGACCGCUGGGAUGAAUACCAGACCAAAGCCAGCGCAGGCGGACCUACUCCGGACGUGAUUGUGGAUGCUUUGCUAGGAGUGCACGUCACAUUUGAAGAGCUACGGACCGAUGACCAAGCAACUGUCCUGGAAAUGAUCCGCUGGGCCAAUCGCAGUUCCCUCGUCCUCUCGAUCGAUGUGCCGAGCGGAUUAUCUGCCACGUCGGGCCUGUUGACGGAAGUUGAUGGACAGCCGCUGGUCAUGAACAGUAAGCAUAUCGUCAGUCUCGGGGCACCGAAAACGGGGCUGCUAUAUGGAAUGUCUCAUGAUGGAGUCACGGAGCCUACUUGGCAGGUCUGGGUCGCAGAUAUCGGCAUCACGGCUGCGGCGUGGCAGAAGCACGGGUCUCGAAGAAAACACGGCACUGACUUCGGCACGGAAUGGGUGGUCGCUGUGAAGUAUGUGUCGGGCUUACAAGCUUGA